GCUUCCUCUUACGCCUGCUUCUUCUCUUCUCUUCUCUCUCUCUCUCUCUACUAUUUUUGCCACCCAGAAACAAAUUCUUAUAAAUUCGUGAAUUUGAACUUCUGGGUAGCAGUAAUUUUGUAUUUUUUUUCCUUUUCUCCCUUUGGGUUUCGAAAAUUUGUGCUUUAAUGGUUGUUUACGUCUAAGGAUUUUAUUAGUUUGCAUAUCUUGGCUUUUAUCUUCUAAAGGGUGAAUGAAAAGGUCUUGGAUUAUGGUUUUCUUGAUGGGUAGUGAUAUGCUUGGAUUAUGGUAAUUGCUGGUUGCUUCCAGUGACCCAUUAAGAAUUUGAAAUUUUCUUUGUUCUGGAAAGAGAAAAAUGAAAGAUUUUGCUGGGACUCCUGGGACAGUAACUGGGUUUAUUCUUAGGAUGUCACAGUGUUUGUUUGCAGUUGGUUCAAUUGCUUCUAUGGCCACUACUAAAACCUUCUUCAAUUUCACAGCUUUUUGCUACCUGAUUGCUUCAAUGGGUUUGCUAGUCAUCUGGAGCUUCGGGCUUGCAUUCUUGGAUGCCUAUGCCUUGGCAAAGAAGAAGGUCCUCCACAAUCCUGUUUUGGUCAGCCUCUUUGUUGUCGGAGACUGGGUCACAGCAACAUUGUCCCUUGCAGGUGCUGCUUCCUCAGCCGGCAUAACAGUGUUGUACUUUAGUGACUUGGGAGAUUGCGGUUUUGGGGAGGAAUGCCAAAAGUACCAAAUGGCAGUUGCCUUGGCCUUCCUGAGUUGGAUAACGAUAGCAAUAUCAUCCCUAAUCAUGUUUUGGAUUUGGGCUGCAGGUUAGACCUUUUGUUGUCUGGGACAUCAUAUAGAGACACUGUUGUAUUUUUUUUAAUCUUUGAUUUGUUUUAACCAGUAAAGCUUGUCUAGAAAAAGAACCAAGCGAUAACAUACUUCAAAAAUGUUUUCAUUUCCACAAUGAAAGUUUUCUGAAGUACUAGUAAAAACGAGUGGAAAAACCGUUCUUCUUGCUGGGAAAAUUGAAUGUUUAGUGGCUGAAUUUGUUCUCGAGUCUAAGCAAAAUUGUUUCAAUGAACCGUGGGUACCAUUGAAUUGAUUAGCUCAUUGGGUAUCAAUGAUUU